AUGUUCUCCUGCAAUACCAGCACUUCUGGUCAUUCUACGUUCCUCCUCACUGGCUUUCCAGGCCUGGAAGCCUCUCAUUAUUGGGUUUCCAUACCCAUCAACCUCAUCUGUGUGGUUUCCAUCCUGGGUAACGUUAUAAUCCUUCUCCUGAUCUGCACAGAUCCAGCCUUACAUGAACCCAUGUACAUCUUCCUGUCCAUGUUGGCGGCCUCUGACCUGGGCCUCUGUGCCUCUACCUUUCCCACUAUGAUCUGGCUUUUCUGGUUGGGUACUCGUGAACUGUCCUUUGAUCUCUGUGCAGCACAGAUGUUCUUCAUCCAUGCCUUCACCUAUGUGGAAUCUGGUGUGCUGCUAGCCAUGGCCUUUGAUCGUUUUGUUGCCAUCCGGGAACCCCUGCACUAUGCCACAAUUCUUACCCACUCAGCCAUGGCCAAAGUGGGGGCUGCCAUCUUGGUGAGAGCCGUCCUGCUCAACCUCCCAGGACCCAUCCUCCUGCGGCGUCUGCUUUUCCCCCAGAUCAGUGUACUCUCUCACUGCUACUGCCUGCACUGUGACCUUGUGGGAUUGGCCUGCUCAGACACUCAGAUCAACAGCUGGGUUGGCCUGGUCUCCAUCCUCUUCUCACUGGGCCUCGACUCCUCCCUCAUUGUGCUCUCAUAUGCCCUGAUCUUACAAACAGUACUGGGCAUUGCAUCACCUGGGGAAUGGCUCAAGUCACUCAACACAUGUGUCUCACACCUCUGUAUUGUUCUCAUUUUUUAUUUGCCCAAACUGGGGCUGUCUGUGUUACACCGAGUAGAGAAGCACAGCUACCCUGCUCUGGCAGUGCUCAUGGCCAACCUGCACUUUUUGGUCCCACCUAUCAUGAACCCCAUUGUUUACUGUAUCAAGUCUAAGCAGAUACGUCAGAGCCUCCUAAAGCACUUCCAGCAUAAAAGGGUUGAUGUCUUCUAG